CUCCUCCCUCUUCCAACCAAAACAACUCCAUCAUUAACUCGCUCUAUCAGACAAUGUCCAAGUCAACCGCCCUCCUCCUCCUCAUUGCUCUUCUCCUCUUCGCCUCUCUUGCUGAAGCAGCAAGGCAUGAACCAGCUGAUCCCGCAAAUGCCCAGCAGCAAGUUGGGGAAUCAGAAGAGAUAGAGGAAGGCUGUGAACAGGUUGGGGAGGAUGAGUGCCUAAUGAGGAGAACACUGGAGGCUCACACUGACUACAUUUAUACUCAAGGGAAGGGCAAGAAGCAUUGAUAUGGAUGACAAGCUCUGUUUUUGAAGUUCUUUUUUUAUUCUUCUUUAUUUGAUGAAUAUUAAAUCUCAAGUUUAAGCUGUUAUUGCUACCAAAGUUUCUUCUCCUUCUUCUUCUCCUCCUUCUUCUUCUCCUCUUUUUAAUAUAUGUUUUUUUUCAUUAGAAUAUUAAUAAAUAAUGCUGUUUUUUGAGUUCA